UUGAAACUGUAAACGGAACUGGAACUAUCAGCGGAGGGACUUUUGGUGUUAAAUCAUUCGCAUCAAAAAAAAGAGAUCAAGAGGACUAUCACGAGGAGUUGCAGAGAAAACAAGCAAGAAUAGACGGUGAGAAUCUUCAACCUAUCUAUAACGUUCAAAUCCCUCCUCCACGCGUUGUCACUCCUCCCCAUCCACCACGAACACCUGAACAUCAAAUAUUUUCUCCGAGUUCCAUCAUUUCUCCAACCACAAGAAGUGAAAAGAGAGUUUUCUUGGACGAUUCGGUUGCCCUUGAUGAAAGCGGUGAAGACAAUCCCUAUAUGUUUCAUGAGAAGAAUAUAUCUACGCUAUUUACAUCAUAUCGCUUAAAAGCAUGGCAAAUGGCGCGAGAAUCAGGUUUAUCUAUCGAAACAGACUACCGUGAGAUAUUGAGCUUAUCGCAUAUUUUAUUGUUACAAGCUGAUAAUUUCUCGGAUCUGCAGAUUGAACAUUUCUCCGUUACAUAUUAUAACUUUUUAUAUGGUGGUUUUGGUGCACUUGAUGAAGAUCUUGGGCUGAAAGAAGCGGAAAGAAGCGUAGAACGAUUAUUCACAAAGUCCUUUGAUAACCCCAUUGACCAGAAAAGGUUUGAAAGGAUACGGUUUAUCUUUCUACAGUUAACGAAAAAUAUUCCUGUUAAGCCAUUGAAGGACCAUCUUAGUGAGGGCACUCUGACUGCCAACAUUAUUAGUCCAGUAUUGCGCUCCUUCUUUCACGAUGCUUCAAUACAUCCGGCCAUUUGGCCCAACACUGCCAGUAUGAGUAGCAAAAUCCGUAAACUUGCCGAUCUAGAUCCCUCACGAGCAAAGCAACCAGACAUGAUCGGAAAUGUUGUGAAUAACAACAAAUCCAAAUACGAAAUUAUGUUUGGUGAGAUUACAGGAGAAGGAAAAAACAACAACGAAAAGAAGAACAACUUAGAUCUUAUCAGGCUAGGCAUUUUCAUGAAGGAUGCUCUUGAUCUUCUCAUUAAGAAGACAGGGGAAGAUCAUAUGAUUUUUGCGUGGCAAACAAUAGUGACAAUAUGGACGGGUUAUAUCAUGGUUUUGACCACUCCAGGACUCUAUAUUAUGUUCGAUACUGGCGAAACUGAACUUCCAAAGUCCUUUCAAACCUGCGGACAAUUCAUUAAUGGCAUUGACAAUUUGUUCACAUUCACUGACAAAUACGAGAAUGAAGUGCAAAGGCUUCGUGAUUAUAUUAACAAAAAGAAAGAAAAUGGUAAUGUCCCUGUAGAAAUCAUAAAUAGGUUGAGAGCUACGUUGAGAACACCGCAGUUUAAAGAAAUAGUUAAACGUAAAUAA